AUGGUGGCUGUACUAACAAAAGAUGUUGAGCAUUUGCCAAAAUGUUUCAAACAGUUCAGCAAUGUGCAUGUCAUUGUGGACUGUUCAGAAAUUGCAGUAGGCCAGCCUAACUGCCUGCGAUGUGCACUCCAGUGUCAUUCCUUCAACAAGAAGGGUUUCACUGUUAAGUACAUGAUGACUGCAACUCCAAGUAGUCUCAUUGCCCACAUAAGUGAGGGAUAUGGGGGCCGAACAUCUGACAAGGCUAUAUUUGAACAAAGCUGUCUGAUUAAUGAACUUGACCCGGUAUCAGAUGCCGUAAUGGCAGACCGUGGCUUCCUGAUUGAUGACAUCUAUGGUGACAAUUUAAUUGAAUUAAUCAGGCCACCAUUCAAAAGACAGCAAAAGCAGAUGUCUAGCGGUGACGCCCUUCGAACCCAAAAGAUAGCGUCGGCAAGGGUCCACGUUGAGCAUGCAAUACAGCCCAUGAAAAUAUUUAAAGUCUUGUUGACAAGGAUUCUCUGGAGCAUGGUGGGACUACUUGAUGACAUUGCGGUAGUGGCGGCCGGAAUCACAAACUUGUCAUUGCCUAUUUUAGCAGAACAUCGUUUUUUGUGA